GUCUUCUGGACUUGAAUGCCCUCAACUUACUUGCUGCCCUCAAAGGUGAAUGCAAAGCUUCAAUUUCUUUUUCCGCAAAUUUCAAUACCAAGAUCCUUCCCUGUCUUCGAGAGUUCUCAUCUUCCAAAUUCUAGACUUGAAAAAGCCUUCUUUCAGCAAUUUUUUAUAAUUUUAGCUUUCUGAAUUUGAAGCCUAUCUUUGAUUUUGCAAACGUGAAAAGGCGUUAUCUUUAAUUAUGGAAAUCUUUAGGAAAGCUUUGUCAAAUUCGGAGCCGCCCGAAAAGUUUGCUCUUCAAACUGUUCAGGAGGCCAUUAAACCCCAGAGACAAACAAAAUUAGUCCUGGAUGAGAAUCAGCUGUUAGAAAACAUUCUACGGACAUUACUCCAAGAGUUAGUGUCAUGUGCAGUACAGUCUGGGGAGCCAAUCAUGCAUUAUGGCCAAUCCAUUGCUGAUGGAGAUGAUUCACAGGGUCAAAUUUCUCGCCUUCUGGAUAUUGUAUUGUAUCUAUGCGAGAAGGAACAUGUGGAGGGUGGUAUGAUAUUUCAACUGUUGGAAGAUUUGACAGAAAUGUCAACCAUGAAGAAUUGCAAAGAUAUUUUUGCUUACAUCGAGAGCAAGCAAGACAUACUUGGAAAGCAAGAAUUGUUUGCUCGUGGCAAACUUGUAAUGCUGAGGACAUGUAAUCAACUGCUUCGUCGUUUGUCAAAGGCAAAUGAUGUGGUUUUUUGUGGACGGAUUCUUAUGUUUCUGGCACAUUUCUUCCCACUGUCUGAGCGAUCAGCUGUGAAUAUUAAGGGAGUUUUUAAUACAUCCAAUGAAACAAAGUAUGAGAAAGAAGCCCCUAAAGGCAUUUCUAUCGAUUUCAACUUCUACAAGACAUUCUGGAGUUUACAGGAGUACUUCUGUAAUCCUCCAUCCCUGACUCUUAAUCCUACCAAAUGGCACAGAUUUACAUCAAGCUUAACGGUUGUACUAAAUACCUUUGAGGCUCAGCCCUUGAGUGAUGAAGAAGGAAAUGCUAAUAAUCUUGAAGAAGAAGGGGCAGCAUUCACUAUCAAAUAUCUUACUAGUAGUAAAUUGAUGGGCCUGGAGCUGAAAGAUCCUAGUUUCCGGCGUCAUGUUCUUGUACAAUGCUUGAUAUUAUUUGACUAUGUGAAGGCCCCUGGAAAGACUGACAAGGACCUGCCAUCAGAAGCAAUGAAAGAAGAAAUAAAGACCUCUGAGGAGCGUGUAAAGAAGCUUCUUGAAGUGACACCACCCAAAGGAAAAGAGUUUCUUAGCAGUAUUGAGCAUAUAUUAGAACGUGAAAAAAAUUGGGUAUGGUGGAAGCGUGAUGGUUGCCCACCGUUUGAAAAACAACCCGUAGAGAAGAAGGUAGAUGGUGUAAAAAAGCGUCGGCCAAGGUGGAGAUUAGGGAACAAAGAACUCUCUCAGCUGUGGAAAUGGGCUGAUCAGAAUCCGAAUGCUCUCUCUGAUCCAGAGCGAGUUCAGACUCCUGCUGUCACAGAUUACUGGAAGCCAAUGGCUGAAGAUAUGGAUCCAUCUGCUGGUAUAGAACCCGAAUAUCAUCACAAAAACAACAAGGUUUAUUGCUGGAAGGGUCUCCGUUUUUCUGCUCGACAGGACUUGGAAGGCUUUUCAAGGUUCACUGAAUUUGGUAUUGAAGGGGUUGUGCCCCUGGAACUCCUGCCUCAUACAGUAAAGUCCAAAUAUCAGGGAAAGCCGAAUGACAAGGCUAAACGUGCAAAGAAGGAUGAAACCAAGGGUUCUGUACCUCCAUCUGAAGAUAAUCAGAGGGAAACCUCAGUGAGUGAGAUGGAUGGUGAAGGAGGCCGAAACGAUCUUGAUGCCCCAGCAGCUGCAAUGGAUAUGGAUUCAACACCUAUUACUGGAGAGAAUUCUCUAGUUGGCACCCCGACACCCGAUGAGCUUCAAAAGCAAAGUUCUGAAUCCCCCGAUGCACAAGAAGCUGGGGAACUUGAAACUGAAGCAGAAACUGAGCCAGGGUUGAUUGAUGGAGAGACAGAUGCUGAUCUUGAUCUCGAGGCAGUAGGUUGAAUUUGCUCUUCUAGAUGCUACAUCCUGUUGGGCUUUUUCAAACUGUAAAGACUUACUGUUGGCUGGAAUUAUGAACUGGAACUACAUUAACUCUUCUCACAUCCAUAUAUCAGGUAGUUAGAAUGAAUUAUCACAUCCAUUAUUCAGGAAUCUGUAGCUAGCUGAGUAGAACUUUCAAUUUCAUUUUUAUUUUUUUAUUUUUCUGUUUUGCUUUGCCUGCCUCAAUGGCGUAGGUUUGACAUUACGUUAUGUUGAGAAUUGAAAGUUGAAUAGAAAUGUAUCUAUAUUCCAGACUUUAAGCCUUUUUUAAAUUAAUUAGGUAAUUUUAAAAAGGUAAUAAUCAGUUUAUUGAAUAUCA